AUGGACGCAACCCGGCACGCCUUCGGCGUAAUCUUGGACGCAACCAUCGGGGCCCUCGCCAGAAAAGCCUUCGACAUGGGCAGAAGUGUGGGACGCUGUGACUGCCUACUCUGCAGGUGCAUCGUCAGGGUAGCCUUCGCCAUCGACGCUUUCAUGGACGCAACCGUGGGAGCACUCGUGCGCGCAGAGAUCAGAUUCAUCAUCAGGUACCUCCGCUGGUUUCUCCCCCUGUUCCUCCGUUUGUUCUUCCGUGCACAAGCCUGGGCUCGGCAGCCCUGGGACUGGCAGGGCACUAAGCGCAAAGCGGAGGUCAUGAUCGCGAUGGUGAAGCAAGAGAAGCACAACGGCGAUCAGGAUAUCUGGCGCGAGCAGCUGGAGGCGGCGAUUAAGAAGACGGACACAAAGCGUGAGGCGGAGGGUAAGGAUUCUUCGAACUUGAAGUACGAAGUGAAGUUCUGA